AUUUCUAUGAAGUACGUACUUAUAAUAAAAUUCUCAUGUUUAAAUGGAAAUUGAAAUAACCUAACAACGCACGUCGUUCGGGGACUAUUUUCUUAAACUAUCGAGUCGACGGCUUUUUUAUUAAGAUGGGCGGCACGCUGUCCAACUUCAACCAUUUCAUCUCGAGUCUGCUGUUCAGCUGCGAGAGGGUGUCGCUGUUCGGCUCGGCGUGCGUGGCGGUGACGUUCCUGCUGUCGAGCAUCACGGUGCUGGCGCUGGCGGGCGUCGGCGCCGGACACAACUACUGCUACGUGCACUUCCACUCUGUGUACAUCGAUAAGCUGCGCACGACGACGACGACGCGGUUCUCGCUGAAGCGGUUCCUGUGGCGGCAGGCGCUGCGCAUGAUCUGGUUCUUCCACCCGGUGGAGUGGGUGAAGAUCCUGCGGCGCGCGCGCGAGGCGCGGCUGUUCCACUCGCGGCGCGGGGACGCGGCGGCGGCGCUGCACCUGCUGCGGCGCCUGAGAGACUCGCGCGCCAGCUACAACGUCACUCUGCACCUCUAUUGAACUUCACUUGUGCUAACAGUGCGGACACAGCCUGAGUGCGUACAUGAGAUUAAAUUUCGAUUGUUACUUUGAUUCGAUGAGAUACA